AAUGGCUUAAGCAGAUAGAAAGGCAGUAGUAAAGAAUGCAGACAUGUCAGAGGAAAUGCAAUAAGAUGCUAUCGAUUGUGCUAAUUAAGCAUUAGAGAAAUUCAAUAUUGAAAAAGAUAUUGCUGUAAAUCUAAUUCUUAAGAUUAUAGGCAUUCAUUAAAAAAGAAUUUGAUAAAAAGUAUAAUCCCACAUGGCAUUGCAUAGUUGGUAGAAACUUUGGAUCAUAUGUAACACAUGAGACAAAGCAUUUCAUUUAUUUUUAUAUGGGAUAAGUUGCAAUACUCUUAUUCAAAAGUGGAUGAUUU